AUGGCAACUUUAGGUACUACCAUUCUCUAUAAAAUCUUGUAUAUCCUGACUUACGUCCUUUUCAAUUUCAUUCUUAUCUUCGCCAUCAGCCUAAGCAUUUACUGCUAUUGCCGUCGGAGAAAAAAAAAAUCAGACAUCGACCAUGAGUCGAAUAAAAAAGAUUGGGAGUUGCUGCGUAGUUUUCAAAAAGACGUGGACAACGUUUUGAAGUCAGGUUCUCAAAUGAAUAACAAAGCCAAUGUGCUCUGGCAAAACAAUGAACACCAGCAGGAAAUGACUGCACAACUACAAAAAUCUGUGGCAGACUGGUAUGAAAAAAGUAUGGAGGAUCUCCCUAAUAGUGCUGAAUUCAAUGAUAAAAGUUAUAAAAGCAAGGAUGAAGACCAAAAACUCAGGCAAAUGGUAGAUGAAGCCGAAAAAAUCCACCGAAAUUUGGACAAGUUAAAGGACAAGAUCAGAAACUUGCAGGUCAGACCUAUUGAUGAUGAACGGCAGGCUCUUGUGCAAAAAGAAGACAAAAAAUUCGUUGAGGAUCUCAUUGCUGGUGUGCAGAAAGUAGACAAUCUCAUCCCUGAAGUGAAAAAGGAAGACAAAGACGAACCCAUUGCUGGCACUUCAGAUUUACCUGGUGAUAUCAAAGCUGAAAUACAGUCGUUCACAUUGUAUUGGGCACCAUUCCGUGCUUUCCUGAUCGAUUUACAAAGUUCUGGUCUUGAAACUAAAACGGAGAAGGCCUGGUUGGAGGAAGCGAAAGAGAUCAUUAAUAAAGCUCAGCAUGCUAUCGAUAAGUUUAUAAAGAAUACCAGAAAAUGGAAGUGGAUGCUCUCAUAUUUUAGUAAUCAGAAAGCAAGGACAGAGCUUAAAGAGGAGAUGAAACGCAUUAACACAGGGUUCGAGAAAUUCCUCGAGAGAAAGGAGAGGUUCGGUAUUCAAUUUAAAAGAUACUCCACCAGAAGAGAAACAGACCCAUUACAAUCCGUAUCUGAAACCUCACAAGAGCAGGCAUCCAAUAAUGUGCAGAUCUCAGAAAAUGGCAGAGGUAAUUUUAAUAAUGAAUUAGAGAAACUCAAGAAGACGUAUGAGAAAUCACUCAAAAUGGAGUCUCUUGAAAGGCUCCAAGCUUUAUGCACGACGUUUACCAACGUCCACGGUGAAGCUGCAGAAAAAGAAGAAGGCAUAAAAAGUUCAACAGAAGAGGAAAAUCCCGCGAAGAAACUUCAUGAGAAGUUUGACAAAAUUAAGGGAGCUUUGGAAAUUAUUGAAGAAACUACAAAGGCAUACAAGUUUGACAUGGGAGUAGUCGGUUUGGAUGAAGACAUACAGACAGUGGCCUCACAACUGAUAACUGGAAAUAAACAUGUCGUCUGCGUUGUGGGAAUGAAGGGUAUCGGUAAGACCACCCUGGCAAAGAAUAUAUAUCGCCACAGUGAUAUUUUGGAACAUUUUCCGGCACGUGCUUGGGUGACUCUAACUGAUCUAAAGACCAACGAUUACGAUGCCAUUUUUAAAGAUGUGGCAAAGCAGGUCUCGGAACCCGAUAUUAAUGGAUCACAGGAGGAAGAGAACAGAAGGAGAGAGUGGAAGAAUAAGGUUUGUGACUUAAGGCCCAAGAGCAUAAGUUGCAGUCGUCAAAUAGAAAUUAAUGAUUGGUCUGACCAUGAAGGUAAAAAUGAUUUGCUUGACAAUCUGAGAAAAUUUUUUGCUUUCUUCUUUAGUCUCUUUCCUAGAGACUAUGAAAUUCCUGCAAGGAGAUUGGUCGCUUUGUCAAUUGCAGAAGGGUUGGGGUUGGGGGAAGAAGGUCGUGACAAGAAUAAAACCACGAAACUAGUUGCAAUGGAUUAUUUGUCAGUGUUGAUUGAUCUCAACUUAAUUCAAGCAGUUGAAUUUAUUAAAGGGAAAGUAAAGACAUGUCGUCUGCCCAGUGCUCUCGAAGAACAGUUCUUGUUUGAAAGUAAGAUUUCACAGGAUCAUCUUGUUGAUCUCCUUGACCAAAAGUCUGAAAUUUAUAAUGAUAUUCAUAUUAAGGGUAGUAAUUCACCAAAAUUUCAGCAAAGUUACAGAGGUCUCAUCUCCUAUCUCUCAUUUGACACUAGAGAAGUAAAUAACCCUGGAGAAGAUGUAGGUAAGUUUCUUCGUAAAGGCAUUGCAAGUGGGUGCUUCCACAGUUUAAAGGUUCUUGAUCUUGAACAUGUAUUUAGACCUCAAUUGCCCAACACCAUCGGAAAAUUAGUUCAGCUGAUGUAUUUAGGGUUAAGGUGGACUUACCUGGAGGAAAUUACAUCAUCCAUAGGCAACUUACUGAACCUCCAAACCCUCGAUGUGAAGUAUACUUAUGUCAGAACUCUGCCCAAGUCCAUAUGGAAGUUGCAGAAACUUCAACACCUAUACUUGAACGAGAGUCAUCGAAGUAAGUUUGUGUCUCAACCAAGGAGCAGUUCCCUGAAGAAUCUGAAAACAUUGUGGGGUUUAUUCUUGGAUGAUUUCAAUGCUAUAAAGAAUGGGCUGAACAAGCUAAACAACCUUACAAAGCUAGGACUAGCGUUCCAGCUGGAGUUGCCUCAGCAAGAAGAAUUGGCCCACUGGGUGAAAGGUCUGAAAUACCUCAAAUCUUUGAGAUUGAGAUCAGUUGACGAGAACGGUGGUGCUCAGGAUCUUCACUUGGAGGGAUUGUCAGGGCUUAAAAAUCUCUCCACCCUAUAUUUGUUUGGAAAACUAGAGAUUCAAUCCAUCAAAAACCUAUUUGCCAGGGCUUCUGAAUUUCAUCUGUCUGACCUUACGUUGUCUGCCUCGGGGCUUAAGGAUGACCCAAUGCAAAUUUUGGGGAGUCUCUCCAGUCUUAAAUCACUCUGUUUCUACUCUGACUCUUACGAAGGAAAACAGAUGCUUUUCAUUAAGAAGAGCUUUUCCGAACUUCAAGUUUUGAGACUUUGGAAUCUAAAGAACCUAGAAAAGCUGAAGGUAGAGGAAGAAGCAAUGCAAAAACUUAGGGAGCUAGAGAUCAGGGGCUGCAAAAGUUUAAUGGUCUUCAACGGUUUGAAGCACUUAACGAGUCUCCGAGAAUUGAAGUUGCCAAAUAUGGAAGACAAUUUCACCUCACAAGUAAAGAAUGAUAUGUUCCAAAUUUUUGGAGGCACUGGCUACCCUCCCACGAUCACAGGAGGCCACUAGCAGCCUGAGCUGAGUGAAACGUGACUGAAGCAUUUGUGUAUUCUAGGGAGAGUCUGAAGCUCAUUCAUCAUCAGAAAUUCUCUUUCACAAAAAUAUGGCUUUUAGCUACUCAAUUUGAGAUCCGUCAGUUGAAUCUCAAGGCUGCACUACAGAUCCUAUGCAAUGCAAUUGGAAAAACUCCUAAAGAUAAGGCAAUAUAGUGGUGUCCUUGGCCAUUACCGAGGCAGCUUAUACGCCUAUGUUGCACUCUCGCAUUUUCACCGAGACUGAAAGGUACUGUGACCAGGAAUUUACCACUUGCAAGGAGGAUCGGCCAUUGUUUGUCCAAUUUUGUGCAAAUGAUCCAGACAUUUGUUAGAGGCUGCAAAGAGAGUGGAACCUUUUUGUGACAAUGUUGACAUCAAUUUGGGGCUCUUGCUUGAUGAACGGUUCAUGAACCUACUCUUCUGUCUCUCAAGAUUUUGCUUUUUCGGGUGGUUGUUCCUAGGCCGGGUUUAAGCCCCCCGAUAGCAAGUUUGAUUAAACUAGUGGCCCUGUAAAGUUUGUUCUUACAUAUGAAAUAAUGGCUCAAGUUAUAUUUAAUGGAUCAUUUGAUCACAUGAAUAUUGAUGCUACCAGGUAUCAGAAAGCUUUUAACCAUCACUAAAUGCAGAAAAACAGACCAAGUGCAAAGCAAACCAUGCAAAGAAUCCCUCACCAGAACUGGCAGAUUCUUAUCAAAGUGGCAACUAGCAAAAAUAGAAGAACUAGGAGAUAUGGCUUUGCUUUUGAAGCUACUACUAUGGACAGGGUUACUAUCUUCAGAGGUGCAGCCAAUAGUGGUAGGCAGUCCAUCUGAAUGGCAACCCAGGAAGCUAUGGUGGAAGCAAUUUUCAAAGAUAAAGACCUAGGACUUGGCAGAAUCCUGAUUCUUAGCAAUCACAAGAAGCUAGUGCAGAUCUGCAUUUUUUCCAGCAAACCCUCAUGGCAAGAUCAAGCUCUCCUAUCGACCUUUGUCAGUUAAAGCAGCAAAGUUUAUGUAUAUUUGUCCUUUUUGUUCCUAGACUAGUCAUGACAAAUGUUUUUAAAAUAGCUUCUAUAGCUGCUAACUAUCCUGGUCGUUUUGUAAUGUGAACUAGCCCAGUAAGGCUUAAC